AUGGCGCCGAGCUCGAAAUCGGACCGGGGAGCUAGCCGGAAAUGGGGCCCCCGGGAUCAUGUCAUUCGACAGCUGGACCGUGUGAAGAUCACAGGUCAGCUCUCCCCUCGUCUGUUUCGGAAGCUUCCACCCCGCCUCUGCGUGUCUCUGCGCAACAUCGUGGAUGAGGAGUUCCUACAAAAAGGGCACAUCUUCCUGGGUUUCUCCAAGUGUGGCCGCUUUGUGUUGUCAUAUACCAGUGAUGUCCUGGACGAUGACUUCUCCUUCUACUCCUAUCACCUGUACUGGUGGCAUUUCCAGGGGCACAGCAAACUGCGUCUGGUACGGCAGGUACGGCUCUUCCAGGAUGAGGAAAUCUACAGUGACCUCUUCCUGACAGUGUGCGAGUGGCCCAGUGACAGCUCCAAGGUCAUUGUGUUUGGCUUCAACACUUCUGGCAAUGGGAUGAUAAUGAAUAUGAUGAGUGAUGAGAAUCAUCGUGAUAUUUACAUCAGCGCUGUGUCUAUACCUCCAAUGUCACCCUGUAUAGACUGCCGGGAGUCUGCGAUUGGUCAGUGUUUGUUGCACAGUUUCAUGCUGCAUACAAAGUAUCAGGUGGUCUAUCCAUUCCCCACCUUUCAGCCAGCCUUCCAGCUGAAGAAAGAUCAAGUAGUGUUGCUGAAUACAAGCUAUUCCCUGGUGGCCUGUGCCAUAACUGUACACCCAGCAGGUGACCAGGAACCCAGCCGUAUCCUCUACAGCAAACAGAGCCACCACAACACACGCCCUAACGCCUCCCCUUCCGUCAGCCCCUGUGCCUCUUCUUCAAGCAGUCAGUCCCCUCACCCACCCGACCCCAGUUCCCCCCCUCCCCCAGGAACUCCUCCCGCUGUCACCCGCGCACGUGAGUUUGUGGCCGGGAUAUUCCGGCGGGCUCGUGAGGCUUCGGGCAUAGAGCACCAGGACAAGGGAGAGAAGGCCGGGCCCAGCCGACAGAGCCCUUCUCAGCCUGCUGAACCGGACUCCCCUGUAUGGCACAGGCCUGCCGGUGAAGGCUCCACACAAAAGAACAAUCGCAGCGAGGAACCCAGCUACGUCAACUACACAAGACUGCGAUAUGUCCUGGGGGAGGUGACCGAGAGUGAUCGAGAGAGCGGGUAUGAAGAUGACAAGAUGUCUCUGCCUUUCCUGGUUACUGAUCUGAAGGGCCAGCACCUAAAGCCUCUGAAUGACAAGGCCUCUUUCCAGGGCCAGCACCUUUGUGUGGAGCAGCUGACACUGGACUUUUUGAGUACGUAAUUAACGAGGUCAUACGACAUGAUGCAUCAUGGUCCCAACAGUUCUGCUCCUUUAGUGACUAUGACAUUGUCAUCCUGGAGAUGUGUCCAGAGACCAACAAGGUAAUAAUGAACAUCGGCCUGUUACUCCUGGCUUUCCCUCCUCCUCAGGAGGACACACAGCUCAGGCCGAAGACGCAUCAUACCAGCCUGAAAGUGGCCUGGGACCUGGACACUGGUGUCUUCAGCACGCUGAGUGUAGAUGACCUCACUGAAGUCAAAGGUCAAACCAGUGGCAGUGUCUGGAGCUCGUACCGGAAGAGUUGCGUAGACACGGUUAUGAAAUGGUUGGUUCCAGAGAACAGCGUGCGAUUUGUGCAUCGUAUGACCAAUGAGGCCCUGCAUAAAGGCUGCUCGCUCAAGGUUUUGGCUGACAGCGUUCGCUACACUUGGAUCGUGCUGUAA